AGCGAGGCGGGCACAGCACAGCAGUCUCCCAGCGCCGCCGCCCCAGCGGACCCGCCAGCCCGCGCGCCGGCAGUGCGUACCUGGUGCUCUGCCGCCAGCCCCUCCGACAGGCAGCCCGACCCCGCCCCGAUACCCCCCGCCCUCCGGACCCUGGCCGCCCCGACUGGAGACCGGAGCAAAAUGAUGCUUCAACACCCAGGCCAGGUCUCUGCCUCGGAAGUCAGUGCCUCUGCCAUCGUCCCCUGCCUGUCCCCUCCUGGGUCACUGGUGUUUGAGGAUUUUGCUAACCUGACACCCUUUGUCAAGGAAGAGCUGAGGUUCGCCAUCCAGAACAAGCACCUCUGCCACCGGAUGUCCUCUGCACUGGAGUCGGUCACUGUCAGCAGCAAACCUCUCGAGAUGUCAGUCACGAAAGCCCAGGUAACCCCUGAAGAAGAUGAAAGAAAAAAGAGGCGACGGGAAAGAAAUAAGAUUGCAGCUGCCAAGUGCCGAAACAAGAAGAAGGAGAAGACAGAGUGUCUGCAGAAAGAGUCAGAGAAGCUGGAGAGUGUGAAUGCUGAACUGAAGGCCCAAAUCGAGGAGCUCAAGAAUGAGAAGCAGCAUUUGAUAUACAUGCUCAACCUCCAUCGACCCACGUGUAUUGUCCGGGCUCAGAAUGGGCGGACUCCAGAAGAUGAGAGAAACCUUUUUAUCCAACAGAUAAAAGAAGGAACAUUGCAGAGCUAAGCAGCUGUAGUUAUGGGGGCAACUGGGGACUCCUCAUCAAACCCUCCUUCUACAUCCUAAACCCUGCAGCCAUUGGAGAUCUGACUUCUCUGCACCUCUCGAAUCCCAGCAGCAAAGAACCAUGGAGGCAGGAGGGCUCCGUGUCUCAGCGGGGCCUCUCCACUCCGCCCCAGAGCGGACUUUGGACCAGAGCAAGGGCAUUUUUUUUGCCUCAACUCCAGGAUUUAGGCCUUAACAUACCAGCCAUUCUUGGAUUCUCCAGAUGGCCCCUGGUUAGCAUCGUGCCCACCUUUCAUCUGGAUUCUACAAAACCAGAACUCCCACCAUUAGGAU